AUGCUACAACCGUCCUCCUUCACAGAGCCAGCAAUUGACUCCAGACCUACACCGACUAGCCUUCGCUGGAACCCCCAUAGUCGACUGCUGGAACUAUACAAGUUGAUUGUUGGCAAAGAAGAAAAAGAGCCAUAUUUUCAAUUAUUUGAAGGAUGUGCGGUCACGAAUCAGACGCCAGCUCGUGUCUAUCUCGACUACCCGAAAGCUCCAAAGAAAGGUUCCUAUCCCUGUCAGUACCCAUGGGGGUGUAGCGGCAAACAAACAGUAUUUACCAGACCAGCCGACCUCGACCGCCAUUACAAGAACGUCCACGCUUCUCCAGAUCAGAAAGACUCUUUCCCUUGCGAUUACGCGCCGUGUGGUAGACACCUCGAUCCAUUCACGCGCAAGGACCACUACCGUGAUCACCUCCGCGACUAUCACAAGGAGGAUCUAGGCUGUGCAAAGAUGCCAAAGAAGCUCGGUCGAAAGGUGGGGCCUGCUGAACAAGCAGCCUGGCUAUCUGAGCGCAAAGUAUCGCGACGCUGGUGGCGAUGUGCUCGGUGUCUGGUGAGGAGACAGGUUCAAGUAGACGGGUGGGAAUGCCCCAACUGCAAGUCUUCAUGCGAGCAGGACCGAAUCGAUGCUCGUUUGAAAAAGCAACAACACCAAAAGGCCAUGGUUGUCGAUCCAACUGAGCCUGAUGAUGAAGUGGGAUAUCAAACUGCAAGCUCUGUUACAACUACUGUACCAUCGACUGCUGCCGACCCUUCGACGUACUAUGAAUGUGGAACUUGUCGAGAAUACUCUGGGUGGGUGUACGACGGUAUAGGAGAGUGGAACGAGUGUCCUGACUGCACCACGCGAGUUGCAGAGGCUUCUUACCCUGUUGACGACUAUUACCAAUAG